CAACGGUACAAUAAAAAUGGCCGACAAUAAGUAGUUUUUGUACUAUCUGCCCCUUUUCUUCUCUUUUUUAGGCAUAGCAGGAGUUUUUAGAGUCUGAGGAGAGAGAAUGGAUAUUGAACUAGCCCCUAUAUUCUAUAAUCAGGUUGGUGCACUAUCUUCUAACUGCAUGAAAGUGCUCCCUUCCACAAAGAAAAAUCCACAAAAAAUAGUUGUGGGCGAUCAGGAUGGCGUCCUUACAACGUUUGGAAUGAAGAAAGGUGAUCCACAGAUUGUAUUUAAAACACUUCCUGGACCUCCUAUAGCUACAUUGCAACUCAAUGGUGCUCCUGGCUCUGUUGCUGAUAGAAUAUUUGUCUCAGCCGGUGCUGAAGUUAAGGCAUUCACAAAGAAAGGGAAACAGUUCCUCUCGUUUGAUAGCAACCUCACGGAGCCCAUUAGAAGCAUGUAUGUAAACGGCAGUCACUUAUACACAGUCGGUUCAUACGUGUUCAAUCAUUACGUUGACUGUAUUGACACUGAUUAUUACUUAUCUGCUGACACCAUUAACUCUGUCAUCUGUCUACCCGAGACAAGCCACGCCUCUUCCUCGGCAGCCCGAGGGUUGGUACCAGUACUGGCAUGCGAAGAUUGUGCACUCAGGGUCUUGAAGGGAUCUGAGCUGUUGUAUGAGUUAGAAGUUGCUGGUCCUCCUACCACGGUUGCUCUCAGUGAAGAAGGCGGAGCUGGGCGUGGUUUGUUGUACGGUACGAGUGACGGAAGACUAGGACUUGUUAAGAUACUACUGGAUGCUCCAGAGUAUUGCUGGGAUAUGUUAAACGAAAAGAAAUACGGGAGUAUUGCUAGUAUUGGUGUCCAUGAUGUCACUGCUACUGGUGUUCCUGAUAUACUCCUGGGUAGAUCUGAUGGCGUUAUGGAGAUAUACUCACUAGAUGAAAAUAACCAACCAAGAAUACAAUUCACACAUACGUUUAGUGAGAGCAUUGCAUCAGUUUGCGGUGGUUUUGUGACCACACCCUCCACUCCCGAGGUACUAGUCUCCACUUACAGCGGAAAGAUACACUCACUCUCGUCCGAUAACCAAUCUAAGGGGCAUGGUCAAAUCCCACCGGACGUUGCUGCAAAAUUAGAAACUUUAAAGAAUGAAGUCAAGUCUUUGGAGGAUAAAGUAUCCAGUGCUUAUGUGAAAUACCAGUCCAUAAUGAAAGGAGGGGGAGAGGGGGGCCCUAGUGGUGGGGUCUCUGCUUUACCAUUGCUACCAGUUAAUGACCAGUUUACUCUUAAUAAGGAUGAGGCUUGGUACACCCUAAGCAUUGAAACACAAGUUCCAUUGGAUAUGUUGCUGCUACAGUGCAAUGUUCCUGUUGAUAUACAGGAGAUUGAGAAGAGCACUGCUGUAAUCAGCUACUCACCACCUGACCCAAAAAAUGGUAGCUAUCUUUUAGCUACUCUCCGUUGCAGCAUGUAUACGUCACGUUUGGAAGUUAAGGUUAGAUCAAUAGAGGGUCAGUAUGGUACACUGAACGUGUACGUUACACCAAAACUAGAGCCUUGUUCUGCCCGGCUCCUCUCCUAUCCCAUUAAACCAUUAUCACUUCACCAGAGGACACACUCCUUUGACUCAUCACUUCCUUGCAAUACUCUUGAGGUCCUCGGCCCAUUCAGUACUUCUGAUAUUCACUCGUGGAUCAGUUUCUGUCUUCCUGGAGUGUCUAACUGUCCUCCUGAUGGAGAGACAGUGACGCUUCAGUUUAAGUCGUCUUUUACUCAGACCCAGUUACAGUGCACUUACAGGCAGAAAGAGGCUGUUUUCAAGUCUGACAAUAUCUCAACUAUAUCAGUAUUGAAAGAAGUCCUUUCCAAAGAAGCAACUAAGAAGAAUAUAACAAUUAAAAUAACACACAGUAUAACUGAUGACAGUGCUGCUCACAUGAUCAAGCUCAUUCAUCCAAGGCUAGAGGAACAGCUCAUGUUAGCUAAAAACGUUCAACUGAUUGAAGCACUUCAAGAGCUUAAAGUUCAUGAGAAAGACGUGAGCUUUCUCUCACCACAGUGCCAGUACAUACUAGAGAAUGCUUCAUUAAUGCAGGAAGAAAUAAAGAGACAACCAGCAAUGAUUGAUAGAUAUUAUGCACUUAUUACUGAUCUAUUUAUGGAUAGAGCUGCUUUUAAAGGUGUUAAUGUUCAGCAGAAAGUUCCACAAUUGUUAUCACUAUUGGAUGAAUGCAAUAUUGACAAUAUAUUGCAAUUUUUUGAGGAAAAUAAGUGAAAUAAUAAAGAGCCCACAAGAACUUGACUAUUUUUCAUCACCGCAACUACCUUUAAUUAAUGUUAUAUUGAAGGAAUGUGUAUACUGAA